AUGAACGGGACCCGGGGAACGCUUAUUGCGUUCGAAGGCGGCGAUCGAGCUGGAAAGAGCACACAGGCGAAGCAAGCUCUUCAAUGGAUACGAGAAACUCUUCGUGAACCAGCAGUGCUGUGGCACUUUCCGAACCGGCACUCAGCCACGGGUCGGCUGCUCGACACCUACCUAAGCGGCAGUACAGAGCUCACUGGCCAAGUAGCACACCUGUUGUUCGCAGCAAACCGCUGGGAGCGCGUUGAGGAACUCUGGCAGCUCCUAGAUAGCGGAUCCCAUGUCAUUCUCGAUCGUUAUGCGUACUCUGGAGUAGCAUUCUCCGUAGCAGCACGGGGACUCGAUCCCGAAUGGUGCCUGGCAGCGGAUCGCGGCCUACCGUCACCAGACUUGGUCUUGUUUCUGGACCUGGACCCGCAGCUCGCUUCGAAGCGCGGGAACUUUGGUGAAGAACGCUACGAGCAACUUGUGAUUCAACAGCGAGUUCGCCAGUUCUUUCUGGACCGUCUAUUUCAAAGCGAGAACUGGGUGCGCAUCUCUGCGGAGCAACCUCCGGAUCAAGUGCAACUACAGUGCCGACGCGCCAUUACGGAGAUGCUGCCUCGAGUGCGAAGCCUUCCGCUCAAACUCCUUUGGUAA